CAACAGAACUCAGCGGUCAUGGCCGGUAGUCUGAUCCAUCACGGGUCCCCAAAGCCCGGAUACACGCCCACCAACAUACCUAUCAUCAUGCAGACGGACUCAAGGGAUAAAUGGAGCAAAAAGAUGGACUUUCUCUUGUCUGUCGUGGGCUUUGCUGUGGACCUGGGAAAUGUUUGGCGCUUUCCUUACAUAUGUUACCAGAACGGUGGCGGAGCUUUCCUUAUCCCUUAUAUUCUGAUGGCCAUCUUUGGCGGGGUGCCACUCUUUUAUAUGGAACUGGCUCUCGGACAGUUCCACAGAACUGGAGCCAUAUCGAUAUGGAAACACAUCUGUCCCAUUUUCAAAGGUAUUGGAUAUGCCAUUUGCGUCAUUGCUCUGUAUGUGUCCUUCUACUACAACACCAUCAUCGCAUGGGCCCUCUUUUACUUCUACUCCUCCUUCUCCACCAUCUUGCCAUGGACAAACUGUGACAAUGCGUGGAACACCGACAAUUGCACUAAUUAUUUUGGCAUGGACAACGUCACCUGGACGAAUUCUUCCCGAUCUCCAGCAGAGGAAUUUUAUACGAGAAAUGUCCUUGAAAUCCACAAGUCAUCAGGCCUGACAAAUGUGGGAGGUGUUCGCUGGCAGCUGAUGCUCUGCCUUUUUCUCAUUUUCACUAUAGUUUACUUCAGUCUCUGGAAGGGGGUGAAGACAUCUGGAAAGGUUGUAUGGGUGACAGCCACUUUGCCCUACAUUGUCCUAUUCAUCCUGUUGAUCCGCGGUGCCACUCUCCCAGGAGCUUGGAGAGGAGUGGUGUUUUACCUCAAACCCAAUUGGGAGAAGCUGCUGGAGACCAGUGUGUGGGUGGAUGCUGCUGCUCAGAUCUUCUUCUCCCUUGGUCCGGGUUUUGGAGUGCUUUUGGCACUCUCCAGUUAUAACCCUUUCUCUAACAAUUGCUAUCGUGACGCCAUUGUGACCAGUUUGGUGAACUGCCUGACCAGUUUCGUGUCAGGGUUCGUCAUCUUUACAGUGCUAGGCUACAUGGCAGAGAUGAGAAAAGUGAAGGUUGAGGAUGUGGCCAAAGAUAAAGGACCCAGUUUACUCUUCAUCACAUACCCCGAGGCCAUCGCCAACAUGAUGGGCUCAACCUUCUUCGCGAUCAUAUUUUUUGUAAUGAUGAUCACUCUGGGGCUUGACAGCACGUUUGGCGGGCUGGAGGCCAUCAUCACGGCUGUGAUGGAUGAAUACCCUGAUCAUUUUUCUCAAAGACGUGAACUCUUUGUCCUUUGCCUGGUGGUGGUCUGCUUUCUGGGCUCUUUGAGUACUCUUACCAACGGUGGUGCCUAUGUUGUGAAGCUGCUGGAGGAGUUUGGGGUCGGAUGUUCCAUCAUUGCCGUGGGAUUCCUUGAGGCCAUUGCAGUUUCCUGGUUCUAUGGUAUCAACAGAUUCACUAACGAUGUUCAAGCUAUGCUGGGUAAAGCCCCAGGACUGUUCUGGAAGAUUUGCUGGGUUGCCAUCAGCCCAGCUUUUCUUGCGUAUAUCAUGGUGAGUUCCCUACUGAAAGCCCCGCUACUAACAUUGUUUGACUACAAGUACCCAGACUGGAGCAUCACGGUUGGAUACAUCAUUGGCUUUUCAUCCCUAAUGUGGAUCCCCAUUUACAUGAUAUAUAAAAUGGUGUGGACACCAGGAUCCCUCAAACAGAGGUUGGCGGUGUGUCUGCGGCCGGAGAGGACCUUGCCAGACAUUCACGGCGACAGCCUAACCAUGGCCAUAGUUCCGUAG